CCUAUUUUUCAGAAGAUGGCUGCUGUUUGGAAAAAGGUAACUGUCGUGGGAGAUGUUGCCUGUGGCAAAACAUGCCUCUUGCUUGCCUUCUGCAAGGAACAGUUUCCCAAAUGCUAUGAGCCAACAGUGUUUGAAACCUACAUCAAAGACUCUGAGGUUGAUGGGAAGUCAAUGAAGCUGAUGCCCUUCGAUGUAGCAGGGCAGCGCCAAGGUAAUUAUCAGCACUUCCAUUCGUUGUUCUAUCAAGGCACAAGUGUCAUCUUAAUGUGCUUCUCAGUGGACAGGACAAAUGCCCUGCAGAACAUCCUUGACAUUUGGAUUCCGGAGGUCAAACAGUUCUGCCCUACAGCUCCCAUUGUUCUGGUGGCUACCAAGAAAGAACUGAGGAAUGAUGAGGGUGUGCUGGAAAGACUUGCUACACUGGAACAAGAGCCAAUAAAGAUGGAAGAAGGAAAAGCCUGGGCUGCUAGUAUUGGGGCAUAUGCCUACCUGGAGUGCUCUGCGAAGACGAAAGAUGGCAUUGAGAGAGCCUUGCAGAUUAUUGGUCAAGCUGCAAUAAGAGAUGGAACAAAGAAGAAAAGAAAGCAUCAUGUGUUCUUCAGAUUGUUGUAA